AUGUUUAUAUCAACUGAUAAUCUAUUUGAAACUAACGAUUCAUUCACUCGAUCGAAUACUAUUGAUGAUGCAAUUCUUACAGAAAGUAUUGUUCAAGAUCUUGAUAAAUUGUGCAAUAACCCAUUGAUAUUCAAUGAAAUUCCACCAUUUGAUUCAAUAGAACCGACAACGGUAAUCCCUAUAGAUCUUAUGUCAGAGCUAAAUGCUUUGAUACAAUGUGAUCCUAUACAAGUAUCGAAUGAUUUAGAAUGUCAACAAAAAUUUCUUCAAUCUGAUAUUAUAAAAUUAGAAAAAAUUCAAAUAAAAUGUCAACCACGUUCAAAAUUUCGUCCUCGAACACAAAAUGAAAGUAAAACUUCUUCACAUUAUUUACGAUGUGACAAUGGUGCUGAACUAGAUUAUCCUGCUAUAUGUGUACCUCAGAUAUGGGCUUGCCAAUCAGAUACAAAUAUUAUUGAAGUUGCUCUUGUCGAUAUUGGAAAACAACCACAUCCCUAUUCUAUUCAUAAUAAAACUAGUAAAAUAUCAUACGAUGAUCAAGCAUUAAUUUUCAAAGAUGGUCCACCAAAUCAAUUGUAUUUUCGUUUAACCGAUGACGAUUUUACCAAUAGGUACAAAACUUUCAUGAUUGAAUUCAUUAAAAAUAAACAAGAUGAUAUUAUUACCAAAGAAUUAAUUCGAUCACGAAAACUUUAUCAAUCAAUACUCCGUUUUACACGAAUUUAUCGAGAUGAACAUGGUAAAUUUCAACGAGAUGAUAUAGGUCAAGAAUAUUCUUCUAUAAUGACAGAACAUUAUGGUGAUGUGUCUGUUGAACGUAUGGGUCCAAAAUAUGGUCUAAUUAAUAGAGAAUCAAUGAUAUUUGUUGUUUUUAAAGGUCGUAUUGCUAAAGAUGAUUUAUCUAUUAUGAUUUGUGAACAAACAACUCAAUGGUCUAACGAAAUAAAAAAAUUUAUCUUAAAUGGUAAUGUUAUUUAUUUUAAUAUGCCGCCUUUUCCAUAUCUAUGUAUAAAUAAUAUAAAAGCAAGUGUAAUUAUUUACUAUAAAAAUCAAAAAAUUUAUCAAUCAACUUAUUUAUAUAUGAACUUCUCGGAUGAAGAACUUGCUGACCUUUCUUUCAAUGAAUCAAUAUCAGAUAUUGACAUUUCCAUGAAAAAACAGAAACUUAGUCAAGACAUGGUCGACACUAUAUGUUGUAUGCCAUUGAUACUUCAAAAAACCUCACAAAAAAAGCCUAGAAAACGUUUAAAUAGUAAAUUAACUUAA